UAGCUUGGUAGCAGACGCUGGAUAUUGGCAACGCGACUCGUGCGUGGUUGGAUGUUGAGAACCAGCGUUAGCAGCGAUUACUGAUCAGUCUCUCGUAGUCAUCGCCAGCGAAGGCGGUAAUCGGCCGGCGUUCUCCCGUAGAGAUUCCCCGGCGUCCUCGUACAUGUAAUACUGCUGCAUCAGUAACAGUUUAUUAGUCAUCAUCAUGAGAUAAGUCUCUUUUGAAAGUUUGACGUCAGAUAAGGAAUUAUUCAUUGCAAACACACAAAAAGUAGGGUACAUUGGCUUCUUGGCUUUAUUCGCAUUAAUAACGCUUUUAGCUGCUUUGAGAGUUUAUGACUAUUUCCGCGCCAUGACUUGGCCCCCGGCGUUCGCAUUCGCAUCAUAUGCCUCUAUACAAUAAGUCGUUUGUAUCGCCAAUUAUUGGAGGAAAAUAUCGAUAUACAUACUACGCGAUCAACUCUACUCAAACAGAUGCACGCUAGGAUUGUGAUCGGAAGCACUUGUGCAGUGGCCUGUGAUACUUGUCAUUCCUUACGGAGAUUCAAACUUGGUGUACCCGCACCGGGAUUCUGGAGCCGGCUAAAUGGCGUGCCAAAUUCAACCACGCUCUGUGGAUUUAGACGGCGAUGGAGAGGAGAAGUAUGACUCGAUUAUGGUCGUCUAUAGGGAUUCUCAGACGGGCCGAUCUAACGGCACUUUACCCACGAGGAAGGCUUCCCGCGAAACCAUGCUGACUGAACGUACCGUGGACACCGAGCGGGAGCCGAAAGGUGUAUGCCUUUGCAAAAACUUAUCAACGGACUUGUGUCAGGCUACGACCAUUCAUGGAGUUAACAAAAUCACGGAGGAAUCGCCUUUCAGGGGAAGAAGGAUUGUGUGGUCGAUACUCGUGAUCAUAGGCUUCCUUCUAUUCAUCGUCCAAGUCAUCCAAAGUGCUCUCCUCUACUUCUCAUACCCCAUCACUGUCAACGUCAAGGUGACCUACGUUGAAGAGAUGCGAUUUCCAGCUGUCACUAUAUGUAAUAUAAACGCAUUCAGGGCAACAGAAGCAGCCAGAUUGCAGGUGUACGAUAUACUAAGUGAUACAUUCAUUCCUGAUGGCAAACAAAGCGAACAGGAUAUAGUACUAUCUAUUCAACAGCUGAAAGCAACUAAUACUGAUCUCAGUUUGGAAGAUGUUUUUGCAAAGACGGGGCAUAGGCGGGAAGAUUUUAUAAUCAGUUGUUUUUUCAAGGGAGAACGGUGUCGGGGUGACGAUUGGAAAGUCACCAUGACAGAUUACGGAAUGUGUUACACAUUCAAUGGGGGUCCGUUUAGUAAGAAGAAAGUUAGGUCCACAUCUCAAAUAGGACCACAAGGGGGACUAAAACUACGUCUCAAUAUAGAGCAAUAUGAAUAUAUGAAUGGCCCUAACCAGGGGGCAGGGAUCCGGCUCUUGGUCCAUGACCAAAUGGAGCUGCCAGCAGUGACUAGCCUUGGGACGGCUAUACCCCCCGGAUCGCAUGCUUUAGUAGGGAUGUCAGUGAAUAAGAUCGAGAAUCUGCCUCAGCCGUUCGGGGCCUGCAGUGGCGGCGCCUCAUUGGAUUACUACGAUUACUAUAGCGUACAGGGGUGCCUACAGGAAUGCAAGCAAAAAUACAUCAUUGAUAAGUGUCAGUGCAAGGAACCUUAUAUGAUGACAGAGAAAUCUGCGAAAAUUCCAGUGUGUUCUCUUCGGCAGUUCCUCGACUGUACCAAACCUGCAAAAGAUGCUUUUGAUAGCAGUAGUAAGGUGUGCACGUGCCCUGUCCCUUGCACUGAGAAAAUCUACAGCACUUCCACAAGUCUGGCUUCCCUCUCUUCGUUAGAAAAAGACCGAUUUGUUGCCACUCAGCCCGAAAUGGUGGACACCAUGAUAAAAAAAUACAAAGUGGCAAAAGAAACUGCUCAAAAGUACGACAGUAUGUUGUUACAGAGGAAUAAAAAGUUGCUGCAAGAUUUAUCCGAUGCUGUGAAUUCGAUGGAGAUGUACUUGAAAACGCUAAUCAAGAAGUUAACGGAUAUGCAAAUGGAGGUCACGGCCGUCGUGGAAAUGGUCUCGCCUCGUUUACGAUUUCACCGCAUGGCGACGCUGUCUUUCAUGGAGAUGAACAUCAAACACAACUUCAAUCGGGGCUGGGGGAUCAUGAGUGAUAGUUUUAUUGAUUACGUGACGUCUGGGUAUACAUUGGUCCUGGAAUAUUUCAAAAGAUCGGUUGAUAAGUUAGAUGGCACGAAUAGGUACAAAAAGGCUAUACGAGACUACCUACUGUAUGACGUACAGAGGUAUUUAGGUAUACGCCAGACAGUCACGAGUAGUGCAUUAAAAAAUCUCAAGGAGGUACAGAAUGCGUAUGUGAAUGGUACCUUGUUGAAUAACUUCAGGUUCUUCGACUCUGUCGAGCAGACGACAUCCUACGAUAAGGUGUUCACGCCACUUUGCGUACGUCAAGUUACAACUACCGACGAACUCGACUUCAGAAUGACGAUGGAUACACUUCAGAACAUCAUGGACACCCUGGACUCUAUGGGUAACCUUGCGUUGUAUGUCCACGGGGGUAACUCAAUCAAUGGCACGGAGCGUGAUAUUCUGGCGAAUCAAUACGCGGAUUUGAGCAGGAUUUAUAACUACCGAAUAUCACUAAUUAAAGAUCGUGUGGUUGAUAAACCGUUAGAAAUCGUUCAGAAAAGAUUGGAAAAUUUUCAGGCGCUAAACACUAGUCUUUACGACGCCGCGUCAAAGAUAAUGGUGUACAUUACCGCCAGCAAAGAUUCUUUAGAAUCAUUCCUCAGCAAUACAUUCAGCCGUGUGAAAAACAUGCAACAACUCGUCAGCCGAUUCUCACGAAGUACUGACGCCACAAAAUCGGAUAUAGCCACUGAUCUCAUGUCCGACGAUGCGGAAAACGUCAUUAAUUCUUUGCAAAGUUUAUUAACGCACAUUCAGACUCGUGAUAGGGAUAUAAAAGAUACCAUGAUUGGCCUAAAGGUGGCGGAGGCAUCGAUUUAUCGAGACAUGUUAGGAAAUCCCUGUAUCUCAAAAUUUUACAAAAUGCUUCGGAACGAUUUAUCGCAAGCGCAAAACAAUGCUACAAGACUUAACAUAGCAUUCGGUGCGGCUCUCAGGGGUAGUAACCUUGUAAAAAUAGUUAGCACUUUGCUAAGGACGCAUGUGGAGAAGGUGCAAGAAAUGUCAUCGUAUGAGGUUAUGAAACAAACGAACGCUGAUCUAGCGCCGUUAAAUCUUGACACUAAGUUGCGGGAUAUUGAUAAGACGUUCAUGUUCAUGGAACGGAAGUAUACGUUGGCUCCCACCAAGUAUAAUGACACGGCCCUCUUCCCCGUGUUCACUAGGGCUAGGGAGCAAUUCAAAUCGUACGCCAGUAAAAGUACGCUAGAUACGGCGUUCAUAAACGACAAUCUGGUGAAUGUCGAUGUGUUCGUCAACGAGCUUAGCUACGAAACUGUGACACAGGGACGAGGCUACGAGCUUACCACGUUAUGGAGCAACAUUGGUGGUUCUUUAGCGCUCUUCCUCGGUGCCAGCCUUUUGACAGUCGCAGAAGUUAUAGACAUUAUUGUACAUAACGCAGCCCGGAACCGGCGGCCACGACGGCCAAAGUUAAGACGGGACGACACUUCUAGGGAAUUCUAUCUUUGAUUAUUGAAAUUAAAUUAGAAUACAUUUUUUACGGACACCGCCUCCUUGGCCAUAGAUGGUUUAACAAAUGUAAAAAAAUCCGUGAUAAAUAGACAUGAUACUGUAUAGUACCCGGAGUCCAACUCAUUAUGCCUGGUGGAGUGCAGUCUGAGGAUCGGUCGACUUGUAAAAGUUCUGAACAUUCGUUCCAAUCGGAUCAAAGCAGCCCUCCAUGAAGCAUUUCCUGUUUUUUAGAGUCAAAGACCAAGCAGCGAUCACCCUUUUGUAGUUUUUUACUAAGAGAUUCAUUCUAGUCGGUCAGCCUGUAAAUAGAGCCCAUGGGGUAUGCCAACGACGGUGACUUUCUCAAGAGAAUUCCGCCUUUUUCGGUGUCCUUCGGAGUGUUCUGUGAGCACCAUUUGAUACUACUCUUCACAGCGGAGCAGCACUGUUGGAAAAUGCCAAAAUAGCUUUGUAAGGCAAAUGCAAUGCACUAAAACGACACCAGUUUGGGGAAGCAUUCAUUCAGUGUUACCCUUUGUCAUGCCUAGAGAUUGACAGAAGUCGAGAACUGAUCAAGCUCGGUAGCAUGUUAUUAUUAUGAUGAUGAUGAUGAUGAUGAUGAUGAU